AUGGCAACACACGCACUUGAUGUUAGCCGAGUUAAAGAGUUACUUAGUCAAGCUAGAGUGCUUGCGUGUGUGUGUGGUCCAAGCAAAAUAGCCGAAGGAUUAGAAUUAGAUCAUGUCGAUGCUUCGUGUUGUUCUGGUUUAGGUGCAAAAAGUCCAACUCCUUGCCUCCACGUGGCGGGGUUGAGUAAGGAAGAGGUUUUGGCUUUGCUAACAGGAGAAGGCGAGAGGCAAAUAACCAGAGCCUUAAAACUGCUUUUCGGUAUCUUAGCAGCCUGCCGCGGUUGUCUGGACAUCCUUCUUGGUGGUAAAAAUUUAAAAAUUGUCAAAAGAAAUACCUUCGACCUUGCUUCAUGGAAUGUACGUACAUUGCUGAACGAGGGAAGUCGACAUGAACGUCGUACUGCAAUUGUGGCUCGUGAGCUCGCCCGCCUAGGCAUCGACAUUGCCGCACUUAGCGAAAUAGGGUUCUCAGUGUCAACUCGGUUCGAGAAGAAGGGUACCGGUGAAUAUUUGAUAGGAGAGGCACGUGAAGUUGCAAUGGAGGCAGAACAAAAGGUCGAUCAGAUGAUUAAAUAA